AUGACCGACAGCAACAUGACAGAGACACGGCCACGCCCAAAGUCUGUGCUGAGCUUUGAAUCCAAGAGAUCCAGACGAAGCAGUGGUUCUAGCCCGAAACUGGAAUUGACAGAAUCCCACAAGGACAAGAAGAGACUCUAUACCAAAGCAGACCCGUCUAUGGCCAUGAAUGAGGCUCAACCUGCUGCUGUUGCUUUGGAAGAAUCGAACCUCGACAAUAUUCGCAAAAUUACAUGGAAGGAUGCUCAAGGAAAUGUUAUUGCUGACCCGGACCUAUCGAAUCCUACCCGCAGUCGCAUGGAGCGUCCUCUAGAUACUAUUCGCUCUUUCGAAGCUGCAGUUGAAGGCACAUACAAUUCCAGGAGAUCUAUUCCCAGCAGACCGGUAUCUCAGGCGACAUAUAACGUAGCCAGCCGGCGAAGCAGCUAUUUUGGAGGCAACGGCGGCAAUAAAAAUGGUCGUUCGCAACAACCGGGCGGUUACUAUCAGAAUGGGCGUAGCUAUGGGCCAAGACCAGAGAGCGUUGCCGAGGACUACUACGAAGGCCAAGAUCCACGACACAGCUAUCCACCUCGCCCUAUGCGACACGGAUCUUCACACAUGAUGUCGGCCUCAAGUCCGGAGAACAUCUAUCCUUCACAUGGCCACCAACCGUCUUAUGACACAUUCACCACGGGCGAGGGCAGCUAUGGUACCGAUACCAGAGGCAAUUCUACAGAUCCUAGCUCUCAAAACAGUUCCGUGGACCGCUUUCCCACAAAACCAGAGGAAUACCCAAGUGACAACAACCAGGCUAUUGGCUACUCCAAUGGUCCAUACUCUCCUGUUUCCCCAGUCUACAGCAGCGAACAUUCUUUCUGGAAAGGUGCGAAUGGACGUCCGCAAGCUCCGUAUGGGGGAACCGAGUACAUGAAUGGAGGUGGCAGCAAUCAUCAAACUCAAAAACCGGCUGUGCUUCGAAAGGAGGCACUUUCACCUCCGUCAGCGCCCAUCAAGCUCGAUACUGGAUCUGAUGCUGGCUCUCGCCCGACUCCGCCGAAGCGCCAGAGUUGGUUGAAGCGUCGUUUUAGCAGGAAGGGGAGAUCUCCAUGA